CAAACGUGAAACCGGAAAAUGAGAUUUCCGAACCCUUUUUCUGCCCAGUUCCAGUUCCAGUUCCUGGCGCAAACGAGCAGGAGACGAACUCCAUUUUGCUCCAAUGUCGGAUCGAAGUCGAGCUUGGAGAUGUUAUUGGGAUGGAAGCAGCUCUUUUCCACUUGCAGAGAAGAGCCAGAGGAGCUCAAGGACUUCAGCGACUACCUUGAUUCACUCACAAAUUACGAGAAAUCGGGGGUUCCCAAGGACGCCGGUACGGAUUCCGACGAUGGGCUCGACCUGGGGAGAAUGCGCCGGCUCAUGACCCGCCUUGGCGAUCCUCAAUCCAAGUUCAAGGUCGUUCACAUUGCUGGAACUAAAGGGAAAGGCUCAACAGCAGCUUUUGUUUCCAGCAUUCUACGAGCGCAAGGCUAUUCCGUUGGCUGUUAUACUAGUCCACACAUUAUGACUAUAAGGGAAAGGAUGACAGUUGGGAAAUCUGGUGAUCCAGUGGCAUCAGAAUCUUUGAAUCGCCUCUUCCAUAAGAUAAAAGGGCAGCUUGACGAAGCUAUUCAGCUAGAAAAUGGACGGCUGACUCAUUUUGAGAUUCUCACAGCAACUGCAUUUGCGUUGUUUGCUGAGGAGAAAUCAGAUAUUGCUGUGAUUGAGGCUGGUCUAGGAGGUGCGCGAGAUGCAACGAACAUCCUGUCUAGCUCUGAGCUUGCAGCAUCAGUUAUUACUACAAUUGGUGAGGAGCAUUUGGAUGCACUGGGAGGUUCUCUGGAGAGCAUUGCAAUGGCCAAGGCAGGAAUCAUUAAACUCAGUGUCCCAACAGUCCUUGGUGGCCCGUUUGUACCACAUAUAGAGCAGAUUCUUCGUGAUAGAGCAUCACUGAUGUACUCACCAGUGGUAUCAGCAUCUGAUGCUGGAACCAGGUCAAGCAUUAAAGGCCUCAGAAUGUUUGACUGUAGACCCUACCAAGUCAACGAUGUCGUGAUACAAGCUCAGGGAGAUAUUCUGCUAUCUCUAGAGUUAUCAGAUAUCAACUUGCAAAUGCUCGGAAAGCACCAGCUGCAAAAUGCUGUGACUGCUGCAUGUACCAUACUGUGCCUCCGUAAUCAAGGGUGGCAGGUUUCAGAUAAAUCAAUUAUGUCUGGUCUGGAGAAUACUCGCUUACUUGGAAGAAGUCAGUUUCUAUCAUCCAAGGAAGCUGGUGCAUUAGGGCUACACGGGGCAACCAUACUUGUUGAUGGAGCUCACACCAAGGAAUCAGCCAAGUCUUUGAUGGAGACAAUACAGAUGGCAUUUCCUGAUGCUGAACUGGCCUUCGUUGUUGCAAUGGCCAGAGACAAAAACCAUGUAGCAUUUGCCAAAGAAAUUCUCUCAGCGAGAAGAUUGGCUGCUGUAUUUUUAACAGAAGCUGAGAUCGGCGGAGGAAAAUCUCGUACAACAUCAGCUGAGUGGCUGAGAGACCAAUGGCUUCAAGCUUGUGAGGAAGUAGGCACAAAAUCAGUCCAGGAAAUAGUGCCUGAAGAGCACCACCCAACGUGCAGCUCUGCCAUGAGAGAGUCAAUGGAAAGCUCAACUCAUUUGGCGGCAGAGAAAUCACUAGCAGUUGCUGUGCAAGCUGCAGGGGCGAUUCUCAAACGAAGAACAAGUGCAGGGAAGAAGAGGUCCAGUGUCGUAGUGAUCACGGGGUCUCUGCAUGCUGUUUCAUCUGUACUGCGUAGUGUUCAGUAACCAUUGCUUCAAUGCUGGUGCCCUUGGUACGUUUCUCAUGGAAAGCCGCCUUGCUUUGAAGCACAAGACAACUAGUUUUAGUUUGAAUGAUCUUAUUGUUUGGAUCUGCCAUGUUCAAUACCAAAAACACUGAAGGUUACUUGCCUACGAAGGAGGAAACCCCAUCAGUUGAUGAGGAUAUAUAUGAACACAACCCAUUUCAACAUCACCAUAAUGGUUCAUUUCCACCAGAGGCACAGAUUUUUUAAGUGGAAAUUGUAACAAAUGAAGAUUGAUGUUCUCAAAACACCACACAAGAACUUAUUAAACUUUGCAACCCACUUUUAAACUGGAAAAAUAAAUUACAGAGUUCGAUAUCUUUGGUACACAACCAAUAACAGAACAUCAUGGGCCUGAGCCUGCACAGCCAAACAUGGCCAAGUUUCAUCGUUAUUCUUCAGCAAGGGAAGGCUCGGCUUCAGAAAAGUAAUCAUGCCUGAAAAUAUGAAAUGGCCGAGAUCAAAUGAUUGAAGGAUAGGGAGCCAGUUCUUGAUCAGUACUUCCGAGCGUAUUACAACAGAAGUUAAACUAUGAAAAAAGGAAUGCAGAAUUUUGGCCGACUUUUCCAUCAGAAGGCAGACUGAGCCAUAACAUUACCGUAAUUUACGCGACAGCUGAUAUAUGCCUGUUCCAGCCAUUGCCACAUUUACGCUAAACAGAUUCCAGUUUUUCUGAAAAUACAGAAGAAUUGUGAGAUGAUGAAGAAAGUACCAACUAUUAAGACGGUGGUUUUACAGACCGAGUAUAGCUAAAACAACUCAAUAACAAAACUAACACUCUAUCGGCCAAAACAAAACCAUGUUAAUGCUGUUUGGUUUAGAAUCAUGUCUUUGCUUUCUGGGAAGCAAUGAAGUAUACUGAAAACUUCCGCUGCUUAAGCUUACUUUCAACGCAAAUCAAUCCAAUGCAGACGAAGUUAUAAUCCGCUGGCAGAGUUAUAACUGUGCUGUAGCGAGACCAUAUGAUUCCAGUACAUGUUACAGCUAUCUGCUGAGGAUACGAAAGUUUCUCAGGAGGUUUAACGAAGUCGGCAAUAUUUGCAACGGUGAUCCCCCAUUUGAACGUUGGAGCCCAAAAGUGGACUGUUUUGGGUCCAGCAGGGUGAUUCCAGAGAGCUUGUAGCUUGGAGGCCCCCGUCAUCGUGUAAGGGUAAAUCAAAGUCCUCGCCUUGACGCACCACAGUGGAUUCCCUUUGACUCCCGCCUCCCUCUUUAGUCUUUUCUCGGUCGUUACUUCUCAAUCGGGAGAGUCCUUUUCUCCGGCAGAACAAAUAGGGAAUGAAGGAACACGGAAGGUAACUCAAUUCAGCAGAGGCAACUGACGACGACGGGAGGGAGAAUCGGAGAUGAAGGAGAUUUUUGAACUGUGAGGUCGAAGAAGACGACGGAGACUAGAAUAGGUGAGGGACGAUGGAUUGGGUUUGGGUGGUUGUUGGGACAUCUUGUGGGCCAGGAAGAUGGUGCGGGUAAAAAUGUGC